AGGACGCUAGGUGAGUUCAUGUCGCGCCUGCCUUUCUACCGCGGCUCCAUCACAAUUCAACUCGCGCAAGAUGAGUGACGUGCGGACCGGCGUCGGCUUUGCGGUUUUAGCGUAUUUGCUCUGGGGCUUCCAGCCCAUCUACUGGAAGCAGCUCCUCGCGAUCAACUCGUACCAGCUUGUCUUGCACCGCGUCGUGUGGUCGUUUCCCGUGCUUCUGCUCUUCCUCGUUGCCACAGGGCAGUUUCGCGCGUGGCUCACCGCCGCGUGCACGCUCAAGACGUACAAAAUCUACUCGAUCUCGGCGGUUCUUCUCGGUGCCAACUUUUUCCUCUCGCUCUACGCCGUCAACUCGGGCCAAAUCCUCCAAAUGAGUCUCGGGUAUUUCAUCAACCCGCUCUUCAGCGUCGUGCUCGGUGUCAUCUUCCUCAAGGAGCGGCUUCCAUUGCUACAGUGGAUCGCGGUCGGUAUUGCUGCCGUCGGCGUCCUCAUUGUUACGAUUGGGUAUGGCAAAUUCCCGUGGAUUUCAUUUUCACUUGCGGCCGUCUUUGGCGUCUACGGUCUCGUGCAAAAGAAGGCGCCGCUCAACGGCCUCCAAGGCGUCUCGAUCGAGCUCAUGCUCCUCUCGGUGCCGUGCAUCAUCAUCCUCAUCGUCCUCAACGAAGAGGGGUCCGGCGCAUUUGGCCACUCGGGCGCCAAGCUCAAUUGGCUCAUGGUCGGCUGCGGCCUCGCGACGAUUUUGCCGCAGCUCUGCUUUACAACCGCACUCCAGACGAUCCCGCUGACGAUUCUAGGCAUCGUCCAGUUCAUUGGCCCGUCCAUCCAGACGAUUGUUGGCGCGCUCAUUUAUGAUGAAGAUUUCUCCGUGACCAAGGCCGCGGGCUUUGGCUGCGUGUGGGUGGCGCUCAUUCUAUUCACGUACGCGGGCCUCCGCGCACGCGCCGCGGCCAAGUCGGUGCCGACAGUUGAUGUCCCAGACAACCAUGAGGGGACGACCGACUAUCAUGGCGCGAAUGACACGAGAGUCUAGACAACUUGUACAACCAUAUAAAUCCUUACCUAAUAUGCUAGUAUUAAUUGAAAUCACGAUGCUACAUCUUCU